UAAAAUGUAAAUAAUUAUAGUGGGACAGGUUAAUCGAUCCAAUUCUUAUAAUAUAUACUUCCAAAAGAUCCGUUUAUGCAUAUGUAUUUUACAGAUAUAUUUAGUAAAAUCAUGAACUUUAUUAACUAUAUGUGACAGCAUUAACGGUGUAUGAAUUUGUAAGCCAGUGCGACAUAAAUGAGGUUAUGAGUAAGAAUAUCAUGAAUCUUUUUGUUUAUAUAUUAAAUUUGUAACACGUCGGAGACCCUGUAACAUAUGUAUAUUCAUAAAUGAUCAGCGUGACGACCUGAGUCGAUUUAGCCAUGUCCGUCUGUCUGUCUGCAUAUGCGAAACUAAACUCUUUUUGAGAUAUCGAUCUGAAAUUUUGCACUUGUACUUGUACGGAAAACAUUUUCAUUCGACGAGAUAUAUUCACCAAAUUAGGCAUGGCUUAUUGCCUAAGGCAAUGGUUAAAUCUCCGAACAAAUUGUAUUCGUACAGAUAGGACAACAUAGCAUAUAGCAGCCAUACAAACUGAUCGAUUGAAAUCAAUUUCUUGUAAGGAAUAUUUUGUAUUUGUGAAGGGUAUUAAAGCUUUGAUGCAGCAAAGUAAACAUUUUUUUUCUUUUUUUUGUUUUUAUUAGUAACGCUUUUAUUCUGUGCUCCAAUUUUCCAGUCUGCUUAGCGAAGUGCUAGUGUUGUGAACUUCAUUUUUAAUUGGUGUCAGCUAACUUGUGUUUGCUUCCUUAAAAUGUUGCCUCAGGCAUUUUUUUAAUGUGUCUCUUACUUUAAUAGUUUUAAAGAUUUCGUUUUUGGACCGUGACAGAGUUGAAUGCUUUUCCCAAUUAUCGCACCAUUCGUGAUUAGCAAAUAGAUGUGUAUAUUCAGUCUCAGAUAGCUUCUUGGCGGUUUAGGUGCAACAAAAUGUUUUCUUUGCGCAAAAGAGUCUUGUUACUCAUAUGCUUCCUGCAAACUUUAAUAAUACGCCCGUCAUAUACAAUGGAGAAUUCGCCUGAUAGUCUAGAAAAGGAAAUGUUGACUGACUGUCUUAUGCAACUGAACAUAUCAGAAUUGUUGCGACUUCAGCGUUCAUUGGAAAGACUACCGGAACUUCAUGAGAAGGAAGAUUUUGAAUCAAACGUAAAUAAUGAAUUUAACAAAAGUACGAACGAUUCGGGAGUUUGUGAUUCGUCUAAAGAAAAUAAUAAAAAUAGUACUUGUGUGAGUCCACAAGCCUUACCGUUAACCGCCGAAAAACGUGGCUACGAACAUCAUCCUUGGCAACCAGAGGAAAAGCCUUCUAAAUUGCAAACUUUAUUCCAUAUCACCAUUACGGCGUUGGCCUUUCUCUCCUUUGGCGGAUAUCUGCUUUGCCUUAUUGUGCAAGCUAUAAGGAGCAAAGGCACAACCUACUUUCACCCUGCUGCAACUACUGCGGUGACUAACACAAAUGGUGGAGUUAAAAGAAUAAAAAUUUAUCGACGUAGUCGCAGAAGAGUACACUCUACGCCGAAUGAAGUGCAUGCAUACAUGGCUUAUUAUUAGCCACACAUAUUAUAUUUUUAUUGCUCUUUUAUAUGUAUUAACCGUUUGUAAUAUCAGCUGAUAAGCAGCAAAUU